AUGAAUAAAGAUGACAUAGACCAAUUAGAUGUAUUCCCCCCCGAUGGAGGAGGGGAAAAUGAAAAUGAUGAAAAAAAUGAGAAUGAACUGAGCGAAAGGGAAACGUGUAUUCCCAUUUUGGACGCGUCUUCUCCGAGGAGCAGUCAUAACCAAGUGGGGGGCAUUAAUCAGAGAGAUAAUCUUCCGGAGACAAAUGAUUACCAUAAGGGGGAAUGUCUAAUAACUACUUUAGGAGAGGUUGUCCAGGCGGCAAGCGAUGAAAACGCAGGAAACACGGCGAGUAUCCCCAACACAGAUGAUACCCUGAAUCGUGACGAAGCCAAGCCGAGUGCCCCCCUCACAGCCGAAGGAAUGGAAAGUGCUCCCCUAAACUGCAGCAUAAACACCGUUGCAACGGGCGACAGUGGGGAAAAGAACACGACGGAAAGUCCACCAACGGAGACUCCAAAUUGUUCCACUUCUAUUAGCUGCAUUAGCACAACGCGUAAUCAUAACACAGAUGCGCACGUAGAAAUGGUGGAACAGAGGUUAGAGUACAUUCCUGUCAUAGGUGAAGCGAACGAAACCAAUUCUGAACACAAGAUAAAUGCAGAAUCGAAGGAGGAGGCGAAUUGGUUAAAUCCUUCCAACGCAUGUGUGACUGUGGCUUACAGUGAGGAGUUACCUGUAGUUGAGGAUUGCACAAGGGCAGUAGCUGAUGUGGUGGGCGAAGCUGCCAAUUGUAUGGUGCAUGAGAUCGCGAAUGAGGUCGCCAGUAACACUGUUAACCGAGGAGAACAGCUGCUCUCCCUGGCACAAACAGUAAGCAGCUUCCAAGCUGAACUGCUGGAAAAAAACAAAAACACAUUCGAAGAAGUUAAAAGAAGGGGUUGCCUCUUUGUGCUAGCCAUCCAGCAAUCAUUUAUGAACAAAACGGAAAAGAUCCUCUGCACCAAGUGCAGCCCCUUAUUGGCGUCCCUAAACGGUGCCCAUGAAAUUUUCCAGGUAAUUUUAAAACUUCAAGUAGAAAAACAAACCAGCGAAUUGUACUUGGCUCAUUUUUUGGAAAAGCUGAAGAGGGACGUGGAGGGGGCAAACAAGACGGCAUAUCAACUGACCCAGCAGGUGACCAAACAGGUGACCGACCAGAUGACGGAACAAGUGUCGAAAGAGGUGGUCCACCAAAUGGCGGAAGCACAACUGAAAAUAAGCAGCCUAAGUAAAGACAGAACAAUCCUUAUGGAUACCAUUAAAAAGUGGGAGGAGCAUUUUCAUCAAAUGAAAAGUGAACAGGAAAUAAUCCACGCCAGGGUUAAAAUCAGUGUCCAUACAAGCUUCCUCAAUUUUACGGAAUAUAUAUUUCAUCUCCUUCUGAAGGUACAUUCUGCCCUCUGCCAGAAGAGUGACAGGUUGGCAUUUUUAAUAAACCGAUUGAAGUGCAUUGGACUUGACUGGAGAGCCUCCCAGGGGGAGAAAGGGAAACAGCGGAGGAGGGGAAAGGAGCCACGUGGAGAAACCCACCAGAGUGAUGCAAAAAUCCGUAGGGGGAAAAGAAAGGAAAAGAAGAAAAGGAAGAAAAUAAUCAUCGGGAGAAGCAAAACUGGCAAUAGAAGCGAAGGCUGCUCGUCCUCCAGUGGUGGAAGUAGCCCCCCGAGCAGUGACAGUUCCAAUUUCUCCAAAUCGGGUAACCAGCACUCGUGUAGCACCUCCUCGUGCGGAUCAAAUUCCAGUAUGUGUCUUUCGAACGAGUUGUGCCUCUCCGACCUGACACACAUGAACACAAACCGGCUGACGGACAAAGGGGGCAAAAAGAAGGGACGCAGAAAAGUGAAGCAACUGCUAAUUAGGGCAAAUGAAUCCAAGGAGGGGAAAAAUAGAGCGCGCUCGGUGGACAACGUGGGGAAGGCGCCCCGUAAAAAGGGGAAAAGGAAAUCACGCCGAAGGAAUGAGCUUCACGAUCAGCACUACAGGCGUAAGUUAUAUAACCGGUAUAGAAGGUACAAGAGGUUGUACGCCGAAGAGCUGCAAAAAAACAAAACGUUGCAUUUUCUGCUGGCGAAUAAGGAUGAAGAAAUUGCUCAAGUUCGAAAUGCAAUGAAGGAGGAAAUGCAGAGCAGACUUCUCCUCCACGAGCAGGAAGGAAAAAACAGAUUAAAAGAAAUAAACGAGCUGAAUGAGUUGCUACAAAAAGAAGAAAUAAGCAACAAAAAAUUAGCUACCCGAAAUGAAGAAAUGGAGGAUCUAAAUAAAAGUUUAAAAAAAAAAUUGGACACGUAUGAAUACACAGAGAAAGAAUUAAGCAACAAGCUUUGCGAACUGAAUGUGGCACUUACCAAGGAGAGGAAAAAGAACAAACGGUUGGUUUUUCAAAAUGGAAAAAUGAAAAACGCUCUUUUUCGAUAUAACCAUGGAGUGAACUUCCUUGACAGGGGAAGGUAUCGUCGUAAUGGGAAGUGGUGCGUGAAUGUUUCUCCUCCAGAAUGUGUAGACGAAGAGAUGGGAAGCGAAGCGGACAGCAGCGCCGCAAGUGAAGAAGACAGCAAUGUGGGUAGCGAAUUAUACAGCGAGAGCAGCGAACAUUUAUAUGAGGACGAAAUGUAUGCCCUGCUCGGCACGGUGAAAAAAGUCCCAGAUCAUUCUACGAAGAAGCAAAAGAGGAAACUGCUGCAGCAAGGAAAAAUUAACAAAGCGCAUGGCAAACCAUAUAACAAAAAGGGCAAGGUCGCAUAUGGAGGGCACUACCAACAGAAUGAAUACAAACAGGUUAAGUUGAACUCCUGUUGCUUUAGUGAUAAUUCCGUGGAUGUUAGGAUGCCCAGGAGAAGGCACCUCCCACGGGGCGCUUGCACCAAAGGGAAGCUGACCGUCCGUGAAAAGGGCAACGGGAAAGAAGGGAAGCAUCCUAAAGCAUGGCAAAAUGGCCACAACAACACGCAGCACAGAGACCCCCAGUGUGCCCCCCCAAACAGGGACGAACAACGCCUACACAUCGAUGAUCAAAUCCGAAGAGACCUGGAAAAUUUCGACGAAACGAAAUACAAGAAAAUUAUAAGUGACAUUACUAAAGAGGAAAAAGUAAUUGAAAAAAUAAAAGAGGACGAACUGUAUUCUAUAUUUAUGCAGAACUGGGAAGAAUCUCACAUGGGAUCAGAGGAGGGGACAAAAAACGGGCCCCUCUCCUGGUCAGGGUCCUUCAUGCACCAUUUGAAUAAAAGCGUCAUUUGUGCCAAUCAAGGGGAGGGAAUUCUCCCAGGGGGAAAUUAUGAGCAGGUCGAACGGGGGGGAUGUGAUGAGACAAAACGGGGCGACUUCGCAGAAGGUAAUUAUGCGAACGCUGUGGAUAAUCGCCCGGAUGACCACACAAAGGGGGCCUACCCUUGUCGAGAGAACACCGCAGGGAUAGCCACUCAAAGGGAAGCAACCCUAAUGGGACAUCAUGGAUGGCACGAAAAUGUCACGCCAAAUUAUGACCCAAAGUGUGCAGGCAAAGUGCAUGUAUUCCCCGUGGAAGAGACGCAAAUUGCUAAUGGAGCAGAUAUGACAAGGGGGGAGGAAGAACCCUCCAAGGGGGAAGGGAACCACAGGAUGGAUACUUCAAAAGGUACGAAUGACCAUGUUGGGAAAGGCCUUAGCGGUACCAUCCAUGGGUCAUCUAAUUGGGACGUCCAAAAGGGGAACAGAACAAAUCACAUCGAAGGAAGCGAACCAAACGAACCUACCAGUAACACCCAGGGAGAGGCCAUCAACGAGGGAAUCUUAAAAAACUACGAAACUUACAAAAAGAACAAAGACAAAUUCAUUCACCUGACUUUACGCAAAAAGGUAACGCACGUAGGGGACGAACAUACACCCACAGGAGGAGGGAAAAAAAAGAACACAUCUCUAGAAAAUGUAUUAAACAAAGAGAGCUCCAAAAGGGAGAGUAAAAAUUGUUCCCCUGUUUAUGCCGAGGAGGAGGAAGCAUUCGAAAUGGACAAGAAUUAUGCCCCUUUUGAAAGCGCACAAAAUGGAAACCCCCUCCAUAACGAUAAGGACAUGCGAGAGAGCAUCAUGAUGCAUUAUACAUACGGGAAUGACAACCAUAGAGGUGUAUCCCUACACAAUAAUGUGCACGAUAGGAGUCACAUUGCAGCAACUUCGUAUGACAACACAGACCCGCACUUCUUUCAAACAACUGAGAGAAGGGAUGAGAUAAGGAAGGGCAAUGUGGUAGAUGAGGUAGGUGAACAGAAUGACAAACGGGGGUUUCAUAAACCAAAUCCAGAGGGCGAAAGAAUGACCCCACUCGGAAUGGCACAUAACCCACACACAAACAAAUUCAGUCUACAUAAUUUGAGCAACAAUGUGUUGAAUACAAGUGGUGAAAGUUAUCCUCCUGUGGGUGGGGGAAAUUCUCGAGAAAAAAAAGAAAUCCCCAAAUGUGAAAAUAUCACUACCCCGCCUAGUGAAGAAUUAAAUGCGGACAGUCACCAGGGGAACGACGCUGCUUACUCAUCGUAUUCCUUGAGCAUGUUGAUGGGUGCCAGUCGAAUGGACAAGACUGGGUGUAGGUUAAUCACCCAAGAUGCAUCGAACGGGGGAACUACCUUAUAUGCGGCCACCCAUUUGGCAAAGGUCGACAUUAACGCAAAGGAGUUGUGUUCCCCCUCUUCGCACGAGGAGCAUUCACGUAGCGCAGCAAACGAAAUAGUAAAUCACAGCCAUCAGAAAGGGGGCCAUCCUUGGGACAAUAAGAACAGCGGGGCUAGUUCUUACCUCAAGAAUGAAGCCCUUAAUGAAGCAUUGAGACCGUAUGAAGCAGGCGCAGCUGUGCCAAAAAGGGACUCCUGCGAAAGCGCGUCACAGAGGAAGAGUGUCGGGGAUAGGGGCGUCUUAAGUAGGUUGCUCAGGAAGAAGUAG